UGCUCACGGCUGUAGGAUUAGAGACAUUCAGGGCAUUUUCGAGAAACUCACGUCUUGCAGUUUACAUGGCACAUAAUACACAUAUAUAGUAAAACCUACGUUGUACCUCUUGAUAUUUUGCGCGUGCACAAGGACACGGGCGCAAAUGAACACAUUCCAUGGAACGCUUCAUUGCACGGAACGAAUGGAUUAAUUCUGCGCUGGCGGAUGGUCAAGGGAAGCCAGUGGAAAACGCUGUACAUUUGAUCUCAAGAAAGUGCAGCCUUUUAUUAAAGCACAACGAAUGCAUCUCAGAGAGCAUUUCGUUCAGAGAAGGUAUCAUAGAGUAGCAAAUCCAUUUUGGGAGACUGUUCAGCAACUGUUUGGCUAUUUGAUCUUAUGCGCGCAAGUAUCGAGCUAACUUAUUACAUCAAAUGGAUUCAUUAUUUAAUGGCUUUCAACAGUCUCUGUUUGAUGCGCAUGGUUGGCUACAUUUGAAAGAGUCGUGAUGGUGGAUUAUAAUAAUUGGACGGAGACUUACUGUUAAAACACGUUUGUGCGUAAUUGAACAGAGGAAUUGAUAACGAAAACCGGCAGUGGCCCUUCUCUGUGCUUGGGGAGAAUCGGAGUGGGGGACACGCAGCCGAUUCCACAAUAUUGGUUUCUUCCCCGCAGCAUUGACGUAAACAAGAACAUACAACUCUGUAAUAUUAAGUUAUAAUUACUCUCAAAUCUCAAUACGCAAAACACGUCAAAUAUGAAUUAUGUAUGCAAAUAAGGACGACCUGAAGUUUGUUCUAUUCCAAAGAGUUUUCAUUGACGUUGACUGCCAUUCCAAUUUCCUUCAAACACACGUCCUUCACCCGCAGACCUAUUUCAUCAGUUACACAUUUUAUUUGGUGUCAGUGAGUGGAUACCAUUUUUGCACAAUAGGAGCAACAUUUAAUAGAACCAUUUAAUCUAUUAUAUCGUCAUUGCAUCUAUUUACAAAGGCAACCGUAGGCUAUGUCUAAAUGCGGGUUUAAAGACCCCUAUUCCAAAGCAGUCGUGCAAAUGGCUUCCUUCCCUGACUCCGACUUGAAGACAUGCCCCCUAUGCAAAGAACUGUGCUGCUCCUCUGCUCCGCUCUCCUCCAACUCUUCUACCUCCUCGUCUUCGUCUCAUACCUCAACUAGCUCAUCUACCUCAUCCUUCAGAAGGCUCCACGUCCUCCCAUGCCUCCAUGCCUUCUGCAGGCAGUGUCUGGAGGGCCAGCGGAACCCCGGAGACCCCUUGACACUCCGGUGCCCGACUUGUGAGCGAAAGGUUCUAAUGCCCGUAUCAGGAGUAGAUGCCUUGCCCUCGUCAAACUUUUUAUUUAGCAACAUGUUGGAUGCCGUGGUAAAUUCGUCUGAGGAGCAAAUCAACAAUACUGUUAGCAGCAGGGACAACAACUUUUCUCACAGACACAGCAGAGAGCCCCUGUGCAGCUCUUGCAACGAGGGCAACCCCGCUACUUCUCACUGCCGAGACUGCCAGGAGGACCUUUGUAACAACUGUGUAUGGGCACAUCAGAGGGUCCGGCUUACCAAAGACCAUUUCAUUGAUAGACUAGUGGAGAGUCUGUUUCACCAACACCUGGGGAACCGAACCAACAACUCUAACAACAUUCCUACUGCCACUCUGAGCCGGUCCUCCUUCCAGUCAAGCUACUCUCUGCUGCCGUUCUUUCAGGACAGGCUGAGUUUCUGCCGGGAGCAUGACAAUGCGGUUCUGCAUUUCUUCUGUGACACGUGCUCCGUGCCUGUCUGUGGGGAGGGCAGUGUGGAUUGUCACUCGGGCCACAGCCUCCGCUACCUCCAGGACUCCCUGCAGGACUCCAGGACCCUCACAAUCCAGCUACUGAGAGACGCCCAGCGGGGCAGGCACGAUGUACAGCUGAGCAUUGAGAAAGCCCAGGCCGUUGCCGAGCAGGUGGAACUGAAGGCCAUGGUGGUCCAGUCAGAGGUCAAAGCCAUCACAGAGCGUCAUAAGAAGGCCCUGGAGGAACGAGAGUGUGAACUGCUGUGGAAAGUUGAGAAGAUCCGUCAGGUGAAAGCCAAGUCCCUCUAUCUCCAGUUAGAGAAGCUGCACCAGAACCUGACCAAGCUGGACAGCACCAUCGCUACAGUAACCCAGGUCCUAGAGAAGGGCAGUAGUUUGGACCUGCUGCUGGCCAGAGAGAGCAUGUUCCUCCAGAUCACAGAGCUGAAGGCCAUCAGGGAGCUGUUACUACCACAGGAUGACGAUCGCAUCCUGUUCACCGCCCCCGACCAGACCUUGUUCCUCGCCAUCCAGUCCCUAGGUCUGGUCAGCUCCGGGGCCUUCGCCCCCCUCACCAAGGCCCAGGGAGAGGGGCUUUGUCGGGGCUUGCAGGGUAAGCAGGCUUCCUUCACUGUGGUGGGGUAUGAUCAUGAUGGAGAGCUCAGGCUGUCUGGGGGGGACGGUGUGUCAGCUGUGAUGGUGGCGCCCGAUGGUAACCUGCUAAACGCUGAGGUGACCGACCAUCAGAACGGGUUGUACACGGUCAGCUACCUGCCCAAGGUAGAAGGAGAACAUCUGGUGUCAGUUCUUAUCUGCAACCAGCACAUCGAAGGCAGCCCCUUUAAAGUGCUGGUCAAGUCUGGCCGUAGCUAUGGAGGUAUCCCCUUGCCGGUGGCCUCGUUCGGCAGAGAGGGGGACGGAGACGGGCAGCUGUGUCGCCCCUGGGGGGUGUGUGUGGACAAAGAGGGCUACAUAAUCGUAGCUGACCGAAGCAACAACAGGGUGCAGAUCUUCAAGCCGUGCGGUUCCUUCCACCACAAGUUUGGUACGCUGGGCUCCAGACCAGGCCAGUUGGACCGACCAGCUGGGGUGGCCUGCGACAGCCAGAGGAGAAUCAUCGUUGCCGAUAAGGAUAAUCACCGCAUCCAGAUCUUCACCUUUGAAGGCCGGUUCCUCCUCAAGUUUGGGGAGAAGGGAACCAAGACCGGUCAGUUCAGCUACCCCUGGGACGUGGCGGUCAGCUCGGAGGGAAAGAUCCUAGUCUCAGACACCCGGAACCACCGCAUCCAGCUCUUCAGGCAGGACGGCACCUUCCUCAACAAGUACGGCUUUGAGGGGGCUCUAUGGAAACACUUGGACUCCCCCAGGGGCGUGGCCUUCACUCAGGAGGACCACCUGGUGGUGACAGACUUCAACAACCACCGUCUGCUGAUCAUCCGGUCGGACUGCCAGUCGGCCCGCUUCCUGGGAUCAGAGGGAACCGGUAACGGUCAGUUCCUGCGGCCGCAGGGCGUAGCAGUGGACCAGGAGGACCGCAUCGUGGUGGCUGACUCCCGGAACCACCGGAUCCAGGUGUUCCAAACCAACGGUAAUUUCUUAUGCAAGUUGGGGACUCAGAGUAGCAGCUUUGGACAGAUGGAUCGCCCGUCGGGUAUAGCUGUUACUCCAGACGGAAGGAUUGUUGCCGUGGACUUUGGAAACAACCGAAUCAUUAUGUUCUAGGCUAGGCAGUUUGUCUGCUGGUUUGCAAAGAAAGAAACAUUGAAGAGGAGAUUUUGAAACACACCCAUCAGAGGCAAAUGUCUUUGUGAGCAAAUGGAAACAGUAAUAUUGAAACUUGACCUUUUCUCUCAGUUAUUACCUCUAUUUUGAAAGAGCAAAUCAAUGCAGUAGAUGAACCAAUGCCAACAAGGGGUUAUUGUCAAAAGCUGACAUUUUGAACCCUAUAGUAGGCCUUCUGUGACACUAUCUGGCUCGAUAGUUGUCUUUUCUCCUGAUGUGUGCGUCAAAAUCUCUGAUUUUCUCAGGGAAUUUCUUGCAUUCUUGAAAGAUUUCCACUGCAUCAUACCUACCUCAUGUAGCUGUGUUUGAAUGUACUCCUUUAUUAUUUGAUGCAGAGAUUUCGCCAGUGGAAUUUUGAAAAAGUAACUACCUCAAUGCAAGAGAAAAGUAAAGUUAACAUGAAGUAACAUUUGGUUGAUAUUUGCACAGAAAGUGCGCACACAUUUUCUCUAACUGUUACUGUGCACAUAAAGGUGUGAAAUCCCAGAAUGUUGCUGAGAACAAUGUAUAAUAAUGACUGUGUUACAUACAUGUGGAAACGUGGAGUCAGACAUUUUUAUAAACUCGGCAACUGUUAUUUUUCCAUUUUGUUUUUGAAUAUGCCUCCAUACCUCUGUAAAACCUUUUUACCUCAUGUCACGACCACAUAGUACCUCAGAACUCCAGUGUCCUCAGGUUGAUAGUAUGAUCAAGUCCCAAAUGGCACCCUAUUUCCUAAAUAGUGCACUACUUUUGACCAGAGCUCUAUGGACCUUGGUCAAAAGUAGUGCACUAAAUAGCAAAUAGGUUGUAAUCUGAGACUCGUCCUGUAAAAUGGAUUCUCUCCACAAAAUGGCUGCUGCCAGUUUGCUAUAGGCAGGUUGAAUAUUUGAUAUCAGUUACCAUUGUCAGUUCAGUCAGUCGUGUGAUUUCAGCUUGAAGGGGAAAAAACAUUUAACAAGGAAUUGACCACCUUGAAUUGGGUGAAUCAUCAGAAUUGUUAUUUUCUGGGCAUCUAUGAAUAAUUGUGACUUGAAACUACUGGCAAUCAUCAUUGUUGUUAGAUGAAUGAAUACAUGUCAGGAUUAAUAUAUCCUAAGGCAACUAGUGAAUCCGGCCACAACACAGUGAAGAUUAGACAAUGACACACUGGUGUGGAUUAACUUGGAUUUAAUCUGAACCGUGGACGACUGCUGAGUCUAAAUCUAUUUACUGAUAUCCAUUUAUAAAUCAAUGAAAUCUGUGUAGACUAACUUUCCUAAGAGUAGAGGGGUCUAAGAGUAGAGGGGUCUAAGAGUAGAGGGGUCUAAGAGUAGAGGGGUCUAAGAGUAGUGAAGUUUCAUUCUGAUAUGUUUGAACAACGUUUCUGCACAUGUUUGGUGGUUUAGAUUGGCACCCUAAUGAUGCCACCAUGUUCCUUUCUUUGUGGUCGUUGUUUGAAAAGUCUAUCGUUGCCUCUGUGCCUCGACUCUGUUCCCGUCAAAGAAAAUAAUCCGUUUAGCUUUUUUUCCUUUAAAAUAGAAUGCGUCAUUCAUGGGAAACCGCUCUGAAAGAGAAUAUUGUUUUAUCCUGGUGGCAAAUAAAAUCAUUUUUAAAAGUAAAACUGACCAGUAAAUGAAAAGUGACAGCAUUGAUGUUGAUCUUCAUUGCCUCCAUAGUAUUUUCAAUAGAUAUUCUCCAUAGUAACCCCUAGCUGCUUGUCAGUUGCCUAAUGACCCACUCAUGUAGCCUACAGAUGGCUGAGUAACCAAAGCAAAAGGCUCCACAUAAUUAGAAUUCCAUCAGCUGCUGCUCCCACACCCACAUUCACCCUGCUCUAAAGUGUGAUGGCAGUUGGUCACAUUAGACGUUGUAAUUUCAGUCAGCACAGCAGUUCCUCUCUAUUGUAUGUACCUGUCUGAGAGAACAUAAACAAACCAGGUCAUUCAUGGUUCCACAGUGGCUAUUAACUACAGAACACCAAGAACCAGUAAAAAUGCAAAUGUUAAAAUGUAAUAAUUUUUUUCACGAUGUAGCCUGCCCUGUUAUAAGCUAGCUGUUCAUAGCUGUUAAUAUUGUGCUUAUAGCAUUGACUGUUAACGCCAUGUCCCAGCCUCUCCUCCCUCUGUGUCUCUGACUGCGUCUAAUGGGCCAGUAUUUCCUGUCUGUUGAGCCACAUUGCCACAAGUGCUGGUUUACGAGGAGAGCUCGGUUCUGUUCCAAAUGGCACACUAAUCCCUAUAUAGUGCACUACUUUUGACCAGACCUUUAUGAGCCCUGAUCAAUAGUAGUGCACUAAAUAGGGACUAGGUUGCCAUUUGGCACACCACCCUCUGUGAGUUGGUGAGGCACCAUAGCUGUAGGUCUCCAGUUGCUCUAACCCCCAGAAGAGCUGGAAGGCAUGCAGCUCGCCAGACACACCUCAUAUCUCUUUUACCUUAAUAAUCACAGCUGGAUGUACAGGGGGACCAGUGAGACGUUGGGCUCCAGACGCGGCUUACUCGGUUACAUCCUCUUAAAGAUUGAACCAAAAUGGCCACUUUUUAGAUAUUGAGUUUCCAGGUAUUUUAGUGGAUUAUUCACAUUAACACUGUUCCAGUGUUGUAGCUUGUGCCUUUUGUUAUACAGGAGAUAAAUUACACUGUUUCUGGGCCAAUUUGUGACCAGCAGGAAAGCCAUUGUGACAAAAACAAAUGGUAUAAAUGGACUAUUUGAAGUAAUAAAUAUAAUUCUUAAAAAUGGCUCACCAUCACUAUCAUUUAGUUUUUCAGUAUUUCAUUUUGUUCUUGCUGGUAUGACCCCUGGAAUAUAAAAAAAACAUUAUUAUUUACAUAUUUAACCAGGCAAGUCAGUUAAGAACAAAUUCUUAUUUACAAUGACAACCCACUGUUCCCAGUAAACCAACUGCCUUGUCCAGGGACAGAAUGACAGAUUUUGAUCUUGUCAGCUCGGGGAUUCAAUCCAGCAACCUUUUGGUUACUGGUCCAACGCUCUAACCACUAGGCAACCUGCCGCCCCAUAUAUACCUCAUUAUACAGAAAGAUAUCUGUAUAAUGUACAUCUUUACCUCAGUAUUACUGAGCUACGCCCAUUACCUCAUUGCUGAACUGUUAAUACCUCGUUGGCAUGGUUGCAUUUUUCAAACCUCAGUUGAAUUGCAGUUAGAUGUGUGGUCUUAUAGUGUACUGUUACACUAGAGAAUGGAAAGGGAAGGCUUGGAGAAGUUAUGAACAGUUUGAUCAAGUAGAUUAAACCCAGGACAAUGCUGCUUCAAAUAGACACUGAUCUGAUGUAUUUUCAGUACAUUGUUGGUUCCUAUCGUUUGAACUUAAGUUAGCAGUUUCUUAAAAGACCUCAAGGUCUUGACACUUAGAAGACAAGACUUGUAUAUUUUCAUUUUAAUGCAUGAUUCAAAAAGUUAUUGUGGGAAAGAUUUGUCACUUUUUUGUAAUUAUUUUAGGGUUAUAUACAGUUACAGUAUGUUAGGUUGAGGAGGAUGGCUUCCUUUGACUAUACGAUUGUAUCUAUUUUAUGAACAGCUUUACUGGGCCCAAACAAGUUACCUCAUCAUGAUGUCAAACAACAACAGAGUUCAAACAGAAAUACAUUUGCCUUAAGUAUUUCACUAGGACCCUCAGUAGCUACUGCUAAAGCAGUACAUAACACUAUACUAGUAGAGGACAUUCAACAUGUACUCCGUCUAUACUUCCACAGUUAGAAGUAUCACAAUUAACUUUAAGCCCUUGGUAGUUUUCUUGAUUAAGGUAACCUUUGUUGAACUUUGUUAUUUACCUGUUUCUGUACCUGCUGUUUUGCUUUUUAUUGUCAGGUUGCAAAAUUCUGGUAACUUCACGGGUUUUCAAGAAUUCCAGGUUGGAGGAUUCCCGGAAUCAGGAGUGGAUAAAGAGGGAGGGAAUCUUCCAAACGGGAUUUCUGGGAAUUGGUGGAAAGUUUAUUUGCAACCCUAGCCAGAAGUAUACUUUGGGCUCCAUUUGAUCCGUAUGGUGGAAAUUCAGCACUGUAGAGAAAUUAAAGGCAACGUUCCCACAUUUCGUGGAGACUGCAUUCAUGGUUAACGCUGCAUAUGUCGACUCAAAUCAGAAAUUACCUUUUUACAUUUCAAUUGCGCUAUAGCGCUGAACUUCUUCGAUACAGAUUAAAUUGAGCCUCAGUCUAUCCAAACUAUUAGAAAUGCUCCGUGUUCUGUCAUCCACAGUAACUUAUCUGGUUGAGCAGUAUGGGAGGAUUCCAGCAUUAGUACUUUUCCUCUCAUGGAGAUAAACAACAGAAGCCUAUUCAUAAGAACAUGGUCUUAGACUAAUGUGAUCAUGUAGUCAAUUUAAGUCGAACUCCGGUAGGUAUAAUGCUAGUGUUCCACGUUUUGAAAAACUCUCAAUAAGCAACUUUUACAUAUUCUGAUUAUUAUUAUUUUUUUUUAAUUACAUAAGAUCCAACUUUAAAAUGCUUAAUCAGAUAAUUUUUGUUGGGAAAAAAUAUUGAUUAUGAGGGAGUGGACUCAAACAGAUUUGUUUUACUUUUCCAAUGUAUAAUUUUUGUUGGGGUGUGUCUCGUAUGUGGGGAAAAAUGGCUCAAGGAAAAAAUAUUCUGUAUUGUGACAAUUCUAUGCUGUUGUGAAAUAUCCAUUAUACUGUCAGAUGUCUCUGAUCCUUAGUCCCAGUCAGGCCAUUUGAGCAUGGUAAAUGGGGAUGGGGUAUAUUCAUAUUUUAUUAUUUGAUACUUUAGGCCAUUUACUCGGGAAUUGUGUUGAACCCAAAAAAUUCACUGUAUGAAAAACAUUGAGGUCAUUUGACCGUUUGUGGGGUUUAUAUAACCUGGAGUCAAGCCUAAAUAUUGUGCCGUUUCAUUUGAAGUGAAAUGGAAGGAUGCUCCAUAUGGAUUCCACUUCUGAGUGUUUGAAAGGGAUAGCAGUGAGAUUAGGGGACUCUAAACGAGUUGUUCCAAUACUCCCUCCUCUAUACCCUCUAUUGACUGGUUGGAAGUGUUGGUGUGAGCCCUGAAUGCCACCCUGUUCCCUAGAGCACAGGUGUUAAACUCAUUCCACGGAGGGCUGGCUGUUUUCACUUCUUCCUUCUACUUGAGGAAUUUAGGUCACCUGAUUCUUCUGUUUUAGCAGACGCUCCUAUCCAGAGAGACGUUCUGUACUGGUCCCCCGUGGGAAUCGAUCCCACAACCCCGGUGUUGCUAGUGCCAUGCUCUACCAACUAGACUCACGGAACCUGGGUUGUCUAGCUCUUAACUGAAAGGAAAAACCAAAAACCUGCAGACACUAGACUAGGCCAUCCAUGGAAUGAGUAACACCCCUCUAUAGAGGGCACUACUUUUGACUAGAGUCCUAUCAAAAGUUGUGCAUUAUAUAGGGACUAGGGUGCCAUUUGGGACUCAAGAUGCAUUCUGAAGGAUGUUAGGCGACUACCUUUAACCUGCCGUCUGCUUCUCGUCAAUAUGGACUUAACAUUUCCUAUGCAGUUUAGGAUUUCAAUAAAAUGGGAUUCUUGUA